AUCUCCUCUGUAUACCCAUUUAAUCCCUCUUUCAGUUUUGUUCACUGUCACUGUUUCUCAUCUCUUUCUUUGAGAAAACCCAGAAAAAAAGAUAAAGGAAAAAGCUUUAGAAAAUUUCGUCCUUUUUAGCAGUGUUAAUUAAUUUACUGUUUGAAGAAAAAAAAAACCCAAUUCUCUAUUUAGAAAGAACAAUUAUAUUUUCCCCUAUAUAUAUUUGCUUGGGCUUCUUCAAAUCGAAAGAAGCUCUGCAAAUUUUGGAAUUUAAAAAAAAAAUCAUUUUGGGCUUUCAAUUUUGGGAGAGAAAUGUGGAGCAAAGAGCUGUUUUUCUGGGUUUUAGAACCGAUUGGAGAAUCGACGGAGAUUUGAUGGGAAUUAUUAUUAUGAGAGUUUAAUGCUUUACUUUUUGAACGGUUCAUGGAGGUUAUAAUCCGGUUUGGUUUAAGAACCAUAACCAGAUUUGAUUUGAAGCUUCGAUUUGCUGCUGUUUUAUUGCAGAUUUUAUUGAUUUUGUUAUGGUUCGAAGCUGCUACCUGUAAGCUUCGGGAGCGAAACGAUCUGCAAUGGGAAAGCCGAGGACGAGGAAGUAGUGAAAACAUUGUUUCACAUUCAUGUAUUCAUGACCAGAUAGUUGAAGAGAGGAGGCGACCGGGUCGAAAGGUUUAUUCGGUUACCCCCCAAGUUUAUGAGCACCCUGGUAUUGGACAUCACAAAGGAAGGUCUUUGCUUGGGAUUCCUGAGUUGCUGAAGCAUUCAAAGGAUGUUAAACAACCGAUAAGAAUAUUUUUAAAUUACGAUGCUGUUGGUCACUCGCAGGAUAGAGAUUGUCGAGGAGUUGGUGACAUUGUGAAGCUUGGGGAGCCGCCUUUGAGUUCUCCAACUGGCACGCCCUCAUGUAAUCCUCAUGGUGAUCCUCCAAUCUAUGGUGAUUGUUGGUAUAAUUGUACUUUGGAUGAUAUAUCUGGGGAGGACAAACGUCGACGCCUUCGCAAGGCUCUAGGGCAGACAGCUGACUGGUUCAAGAGAGCCUUGGCUGUAGAGCCUGUGAGAGGGAACUUGAGAUUGAGUGGAUAUUCUGCGUGUGGACAAGACGGGGGCGUACAGCUUCCUCGUGAAUAUGUUGAAGAUGGUGUUGCCGGUGCAGACUUGGUCCUUCUUGUUACUACGAGACCUACCACUGGCAACACUUUAGCAUGGGCGGUAGCAUGUGAGCGUGACCAAUGGGGCCGUGCAAUUGCUGGUCAUGUGAAUGUAGCUCCUCGACAUUUAACAGCCGAAGCAGAGACUUUACUUUCAGCUACACUUAUCCACGAGGUUAUGCAUGUUCUUGGCUUUGACCCGCAUGCUUUUGCUCAUUUUAGGGAUGAGAGAAAACGGAGGCGAAGUCAGGUUACUGUACAAACCAUGGAUGAAAAGCUUGGUAGGAUGGUAACUCGUGUAGUGCUUCCACGUGUUGUCAUGCAUUCACGACAUCACUAUGGGGCAUUCUCGGAAAAUUUUACUGGCUUAGAGCUAGAAGAUGGGGGAGGACGUGGCACAUCAGGAUCUCAUUGGGAAAAAAGGCUUUUGAUGAAUGAGAUAAUGACAGGAUCAGUGGAUACAAGAUCGGUAGUUUCAAAAAUGACUCUGGCGUUGUUGGAGGAUAGUGGAUGGUAUCAAGCUAACUAUAGCAUGGCGGAUCGUCUCGACUGGGGUCGUAACCAAGGAACAGAUUUCGUUACUUCUCCUUGCAAUCUCUGGAAGGGAGCGUAUCAUUGCAAUACAACCAAUUUAUCUGGCUGUACAUAUAACCGGGAAGCUGAGGGUUACUGCCCUAUUGUAAAUUAUAGUGGUGACCUACCUCAAUGGGCUCGAUAUUUUCCUCAAGCUAACAAGGGUGGUCAAUCUUCGUUGGCUGAUUAUUGCACUUACUUUGUGGCUUAUUCUGAUGGAUCUUGUACCGAUUCUAAUAGUGCAAGGGCCCCAGAUAGAAUGUUAGGUGAAGUGAGAGGGAGUAACUCCAGGUGCAUGGCUUCAUCAUUAGUGCGUACUGGUUUUGUGCGGGGCUCCGUGACCCAAGGAAACGGUUGUUACCAGCACAGAUGUGUAAAUAACUCAUUAGAGGUUGCUGUGGAUGGUAUUUGGAAAGUGUGUCCUAAAUCUGGUGGACCGGUUCAGUUCCCUGGUUUUAAUGGUGAACUGAUUUGUCCUGCUUACCACGAACUCUGUAGCACUGGCACUGUUUCCAUGUCCGGGCAAUGUCCAAAUUCUUGUAACUUUAACGGUGACUGUGUCAACGGAAAAUGUCAUUGCUUUCUGGGGUUUCAUGGUCAUGAUUGCAGUAAAAGGUCUUGCCCCAGCAAUUGUAAUGAGCGUGGAAAGUGCCUGCCAAAUGGGGUAUGCGAAUGUGAAAACAGUCGUACGGGCAUUGAUUGCUCCACGGCUGUUUGCGAUGAACAAUGCAGUCUCCAUGGUGGUGUCUGUGACAAUGGAGUUUGUGAGUUCCGCUGCUCUGACUACGCAGGCUACACGUGCCAGAACAGCUCGACUCUUCUCUCGAGUCUUUCGGUAUGCAAAGAUGUAUUAGAGAGGGAGUUAUCCGGGCAACAUUGCGCCCCAAGCGAGGCAAGUAUAUUACAACAGCUAGAAGAAGUCGUUGUCAUGCCUAAUUACCACCGUUUAUUCCCUAGCGGUGCUCGAAAGUUGUUUAAUAAUGUCUUUGGGAGCAGCUACUGCGAUGCAGCUGCCAAGCGACUGGCCUGCUGGAUCUCGAUCCAAAAAUGCGAUAACGAUUGGGACAACAGACUACGUGUAUGCCAUUCGGCAUGUCAAUCAUAUAAUUUAGCAUGCGGAGCAUCACUAGAUUGCUCGGACCAAACUCUCUUUAGUAGCGAAGAGGAAGGUGACGGCCAAUGUACCGGCUUCGGCGAGACCAAGGUUUCAUGGUAUAAUCGGUUUCGAACUAGUUUCUUUUCAAGAAAUACUGGUUUGAAAGGAUUGUCUGUAAAAUAUAAGCAGUUUUAGCAUAUCCAAAGCUACCCCUUUUUUUAGGGUUUUUCAGUGUAGGAAAAGUGGCACUUAAUGGUAUGUGCCCUAGGCAUAGAAUUUCAUUGUGUUCGGCCCCAAAUUCAAUUAGAAAAAUAGGGCUUGAUUUCAUGUAGAGAAAAUUGAAAAAUGUAUUAGAAAGCACCAAAAAGAAAGGAAAAAAAAAAUGCUCUGUUGAGCCAAUGAUCCAUGUAUGGCCGAAGGCCUUUGAAAGGAAAUUUAAAAAAAAAAAUUCCCAUAUUUUUCUGUA